AUGUUUAUUGGCAUUACUGGACCUUCCGGUAGUGGAAAACACCUGGUUGCUCAGUAUCUUGUUGAAAAGCACAACUUCCAAUGCUUAACACUUGAUAGCUGCUUGGACACUUUUGAACGUGAAGGUUUAUACAAUGAUGCAAAGCGAUUUACAGACCCUCAAGCCAUGCAAACAUAUGUUACUGAAAGAUGGGAAGACAAUUUUGUUACUUGUGAUGUCGACUGUCGAGAUUUGUGGAUUUUAAAAAAACGUCCCUUCUUUUUGCUUGUGGCAGUCGAGGCACCCAUUACUACUAGAUAUAAGCGUUGUGCAGCAAGAUUUAAAGCAGUCAACGCACAAACAUUAGACUUAGAAGAAUUUUUGAUACAAGAUGAUCGAACAGUGUAUAAUAUCUCGUCGGAGGAUGCGGAAGAGAUUCAUACGAUUACCCCUUUGUACAACAUUAUGGUAUCAUCAGAUUUAGUUAUUACAAACAUUUACAAGGACAAAUGUAGCUUAUAUAAUGCAUUAGAUGGUCGAGAUUUAACCAACAAAGAGAGACUUCGUCCCACCUGGGACACGUAUUUUAUGCAAUUAUCAGAUUUGGCUGCAAGACGCAGUAAUUGUAUGAAGAGACGAGUUGGCUGUAUCUUGACCAAGGACUCCCGUGUAAUUGCCACAGGAUAUAACGGUACGCCUAGAGGCUUACGUAACUGUAACGAAGGAGGAUGUCCUCGUUGUAAUGAAGGGGCCCCAUGUGGUACAGCCUUAGAUAGAUGCUUAUGCAUGCAUGCUGAAGAAAAUGCAUUAUUAGAGGCCGGCCGAGGAAGCGUUGUUUAUGACAACGGAGUUGUCCUUUACUGCAAUACAUGCCCCUGUUUAGGCUGUGCUAUAAAGAUCAUUCAACAGGGCGUCAAAGAAGUUGUCUAUUCUCGAUCUUAUGGUAUGGACUUGAUGACAGCCAAAGUAUUUAAAGAAGCGGGUGUCAAACUAAGACAGCAUAGUCCUCCAUCUACAAUCACUGAAUUAAGAACAGACAUUGAAGAAGAAAUUGCACUUUUAGAACUGAAAUAA